AUGUCUCCUUUGGUACUGGCGGCUAUUCAUUUACAUCUAAACAAUUUCAAAUUGGCUGCACAAUCCCUGGAAUUUGGACUCAGUCAUAACUUCCAGGUUCGGGAGCAUCCUGUCUAUCACCUGAUUCGGGCACAAAUCCAGAAAAAACAAAAUGAACUUACUGAUGCCAUCCAAACACUACAAUAUGCUAUGGGACUCCCUGGAAUGAAAGCAUCAGGCAAGCCUUCUGUCAGGGAGAAGAUUCAUGUCAAUGUAAAUGAUCGGGUAUCUGUAUUUUUGGAGUUGGCUGAUACACACAGACUUCUAGGACAGCAGCAUGAAGCUGCAAAAGUAAUGCAAGAUGCUAUUAAUGAGUUCCAAGGAAGCCCUGAAGAAGUACGCAUUACUAUUGCCAAUGUAGACUUGGCAUUGGCACGUGGUGAUAUUGAAUUGGCCCUGGGGACACUGAGAAAUGUAAGUCCAGAACAGCAGUAUUUUGUGCAGGCUCGAGAGAAGAUGGCAGAUAUCUAUCUCAACUACCGUAAUGACAAGAGACUCUAUGCCAAUUGUUACAGAGAAUUGGUAGAGAAAAAACCUAGUGUUCACACUUCACUUCUGCUGGGUGACGCUUACAUGAGCAUUCAAGAGCCUGAGAAAGCGAUUGAAAUUUAUGAGAGUGCUUUGCGCUUGAACCCUAAAGACACAACUUUGGCAAGUAAAAUUGUUCUUGUUGAUCAUUUAGUCAACUGCAUUCAUUUCCACUUGAUUGACUUGGCUGAAUUACUUCUCCGUCUUAAACAACAUGAAAAGGCAGAGAAGAUCCUCAGGCAGACUUUGGAACAAGAUGUUAAAUACACAGAUCUUGAUGUAAUGAAGGAGCAGGCAAAAUGUCUCCAUCUAUUGACAAAAAUCUGCCAGCAAACCAACAGGUCGGAAGAUGCCUUGCUUUUCUUUACAAAAGCCAAAGAAAUGCAAAUCAGAGUCUACCAGAGGGUUCAAACCGAACAGCCUGAUAUGGUGCCAGUACAGCGUCAAAUGAUCACCAAACUAUGUUGUGAAAUGGCACAACAUGCAAUGAAUUAUUCAGACUACGAGCAUGCUGUUGCUAGCUAUAAAGAGGCCCUUACCUACAAUGAAGGAGAUGGCAGGAAUGAUGCUGCUACCAUUAUGUUGGCCGACUUAAGUUUCAGCAGGAAUGACUACGAAAAUUCCUUGAAACAUUACAAGCAGUUGCUAACGACCAAACCAGACAAUUAUGAAGUCCUAGCCAAGCUGGUUGACCUUUUGAGACGAUCAGGAAAUUUAGAAGAUGCUGCUGACUUUUUAGAGACAGCCAAGGAAACAUCUCCUCAUAGCAAGACAGACGCAGGAUUCAAUUACUGCCUUGGACUAUAUGACUGGUAUACUGGCCGUUCCACUGCAGCUCUGAAGUGUUUCAACAUGGCUCGGAAGGACACUGUCUGGGGCAACCGUGCCAUCUUCAACAUGGUAGAAAUUUGUUUGAAUCCUGACAGUGAUACAAUUGGUGGGGAAGUGUUUGAAUCAGUUGAAGGACAAACAGGGAUGGACAAAAUGAAACUGGAUAAUGAACAAGUGGCUUUGAGAACAGCAGAAAAACUCUUGAAGGAAGUGAAACCUCGCAAUGGAAAUAUUCGUUUGCAGCUGAUGGAAAAUAUGGUGUUGGUUGCAUCAAAGACUAAAUCAAAUGUGGAGAAAGCAUUGACAAGUUUUAUGGAAGUCGCAUCCUUACAGAAAGACAAUGUAGGCGCACUGUAUGGAAUGGCCACAGCUUAUAUGGUCCAGAAACAAGUACCAAAAGCAAGAAAUCAACUGAAGCGAGUUUCCAAAUCAAACUGGACUCUAGAAGAUGCGGAGGAUUUAGAAAAGAGUUGGUUGCUCUUAGCAGACAUUUACAUUCAGUCUAGUAAAUACGACAUGUCAAAUGAACUCUUGAAAAAAUGUCUCCAGUACAACAAGGUGAGUUGA